GAAAAAUAAAUAAAUAAAUAAAUCAAUUGUAGCCGCUAAUUUAUGGGGAAAUUGUUCAAGCUCCGCUUCCAGUCCCAGUAAUGGUGACCAGAAGCCAUAGAUUUUUCACUUGAAAACAACGAAAUCAUGGCCUCGAAUCUCAUUACUGCGUUUCAUUGCCCGAAUCCGUACCCUUCUUCUUCUUCUUACUCAAAUCUGCAGCAGAAUACAUCGCUCCUUUUGAAGUUCCAUUCUCGUUGUUCAUCUUCUUCGAGAAAAUUCGCUGUUUCAGAGGGCGCUGAGGGUAGAGUUCAAGAUGAAGAGCUUCUCAUUUCGUCUUCUUCUGGAGCAUCUUCUUCUGCACGCACACAGCUUGAUCUCUUGGAGCAACUCUCUUCCGGUAGCCAAUUAGUUGAUGGUUAUGAGAGUGAUGGCAAUUACCAGAGAACUACAAUCCGUGAUCAGCUUGCACAAUUGUUCAGAGACAGAGACGACGAUUUUAGCAUUCCGUUGGGUAAGAACUUGAAGAAGGUUAGUGCCAAGUUUUUGACAAUUUCACAGAAGAGGAACAUCAAAAGACAAGAAUACUUGAAUGAAGUAUCUCAAAGGAAUGAUUCAGUUUUCUUUGCUACAGUUGGAGCAUUUGUAAUUCUGCCACCUAUUGUAAUAUUAGGCACCAAGCACAAUGCAGAACCCACUCUUGAAAGCUGCUUACUUGGUUGCUAUGGAUUUCACAAGGGGUCUUCAAAGCUUUUGUAGCAACGAGGUAAAAGGAAAAGGCUGGACAAUGUCAGAGGAGGGGAGCAAUAAAGGGUUGUGAUCAAUAAUGCCUAAAGAGGACGCUCAACUAAGGUACUUGAUUUUUCUCUAGAAAUACAUCUGCCUUGUGUUGGAUGUUGAUCUAAAAAUAUGUCGGUCUCUAAUGACCAUUAGAUACAAAAACAGAUUACUUUUACAAUUUCUGUCUCACAUAUCAUCUGUCUGUGCAAAAUUAUCGUAACGGCUUAUC